CGUAAUUGGUUGAUUCUUUUCGAUAUCUGUCGAUAUCACGACAUAAAUGGCUGCAGGCGCGUGAGGUUAUGAGCACGUGAGUUUAUGUAUACGAGAAUGUAUACGUAAAGAGAAACAAGAGCUAACUGUCCAAGCGGACACUUUUAUAAGGCAAUACACGUGUGUACAUGAAAUCAGAAUUACAUUGCCCUGAUGGCUCCAAUGGGGAAGCGUUCAUUCCGUGGUAAAAAGAGGAAAUUUAAUGAACGCAACACACAAAAGCGACCAAAAGCGAAGAAGGAAAAAUUUGACUAUAGGACAUCCUCUUAUGUCAAAGAGCGUAAAGCCAAAAAUGAUGAGAUCGAAGCUCGAAGGCAAAUAGUGGAAGAGGAGAAAACGCGUCGACGACUCGAGGAGGCUGACAGUUCUGAAGAGGAAGAGGUUGAUCCUUGGUUGCUCUAUUUAUCCAAGUUAUCUGGUUAUAAACACAAAAAUUUAGUAGAAAAACUGAGGAAAUCAAUUGUGACCAGUUCAGAAAGUGAAAACGAAGAGUCUAAUACACAGAAUAAGAAUGAAACAGACAGAAAAGAAAAGAGAAAAAAAAGAAAAGGAGUAAAGAAAAUAAAAAAGAACAUCGAAGAAGAAGAAGAAGAAGAAGAGAGUGAAGAAUCUGAAGCAAAUGAAGAAUCUUCUGAUCAGAAUGAAGAGAUUAUAGUUAGUACAAAGGAGGAUGACUAUGAAGAUGCUGAGACUGCCCAGGAAGAUAUUGGUCAUUUGAGAGAUCCAUUCUCUUUGCAUUUACGCAAUGAUAUGGAUGACGAACUGUAUAAAGUAGUCUCUGCAACGCCACAAAAUACAGAGACCACAACGUUAUCAUGGCCCACACUGGGAAAUUUGGUAUGUCAGAUUCCAAAACCAGCUGUUAAUCCAAAUGACAAGGUGAUAAAAGUCAAAAAGCUUCUGGACGAUGAAGAGAAACAAUAUACAAAUUAUGGUAAGGUUCCAACUUUGAUUGAGAAUGUUGAUUGGGACAAAUUGCAUGUAAAAUCACAGAUUCAAAACAAUUUAGUCAAAGCUAAUUAUAAUAACAUAAAGAAUACUGUGGAAAAAGAUUCUGCCAUGACUCCUCUUCAAAGAGAACUAUUUUCAGUAAUAAAUAAUUAUCAAGAUUUGUAUUAUCCUGGAAGAACGUUUUCCAACGCUGAUGAGAUACGAUUCACCUAUUGUCUACAUGUAAUUAAUCAUGUGCUGAAGACUCGGACAAAAAUACUGCAUCACACCGCAAAAUUAGCAAAGUCUAAUCGUAAUGGCAUGGGAGAAGUUCCAGAUGAGUACAAGGAUCAAGGUUUAGUAAGGCCUAAGGUUCUCAUAAUAGUGCCAUUUAAACAUGCUUGCUUGAAGAUAGUUGAGAUGUUUAUUUCGAUUCUAUUUGGCGAAGAUAAAGGCGGCUCUGUUAUCAAUAAGUUACGAUUCAUGGAGGAUUUUACUGGUAACGAAUUAGCGAUGCCUAAGAAGAAUCCUAAACCAGAAGAUUAUAAAUUGACCCUACAAGGAAAUCUCGACGACAAGUUCAAGAUAGGCAUGGCGAUUACUAAGAAGACUCUCAAGUUAUACACAAAUUUUUACUCUUCCGACAUUAUAAUUGGCUCUCCAUUGGGUCUCAGAAGAGUGGUAGGUGCAGAGGGUGAAACGGUGAGAGAUUACGAUUUCCUAUCGUCUGUAGAGUUGCUGAUCAUGGACCAGAUUGAUGUGGUCCUCAUGCAAAACUGGGACCAUCUGUAUCAAGUGUUGGAUUAUAUGCAUCUGCAACCCCAGAAGUCCCACGAUAUCGAUUACUCCCGUCUUAGAAGUUGGUGUGUCAAUGGUUGGACGAAAUAUUAUCGACAGACAUUGAUCUUCUCUAGUAUCGAAACACCAUUCAUAAACACAUUGCUGAUCAAGAAAUGCUUCAACUACGCUGGCCAGGUGAAAGUGGCGAAUGCGUUAGAGCCAGGCUCAAUUCGUGACGUAACCAUCAAAAUUCCACAGGUGUUCUACAGAUUUGACGCUUCCGAUCUUUGUCAGGCGAUCGACAGCAGGCUGGAUUUCUUCCUGAAAGAGAUAUUGCCACGGUACACAGAUCCUAUAUAUAAUCACACAUUAAUCUAUGUACCAUGCUACUUUGACUUUAUAUAUCUACGGAACCGUAUGAUGAAGGAGAACAUGAGUUUCACGAUGAUAAGCGAAUAUACCGAAGACAAGAAAGUUGCCCGAGCGAGGGAUAUGUUCUUUCAUAGCGAUGCGCAUUUCCUGCUUUACACGGAACGUUGGCACUUCUGGCGCAGAACGAGGAUAAAGGGUAUUCGACACCUCAUAUUCUACCAAUUACCCACGUAUCCACACUUCUACAGCGAAAUGUGUAAUCUGAUGGACAAUUUGUAUCAGAACCCACGUUCCGGUACAGAAUACAACAUGUCGGUGACUGUCAUUUACAACAAAUUUGAUGCCAUAACGCUCGCUCAAAUAGUGGGUCAGAAUAGAGCCUCUAAAAUGAUAGAAUCGGAAUCUAAAGUACACACAAUGAAAUGCUGAAACUUGAAUUCUUACAUUUGUGUGUAUAACACGAAGAGGUAAUAAAAUUAAUUUAUAUAA